AUGGCUACAAAGAAAGUGUCCACGACACGAAAGCAGUUCUCCCUGGAGGAGAAAAUGGCCGUUUUGAACGCGGUUGACACCGGAAGAAAGAAAUGCGACGUAGCCAGGGAGUUCGGAAUCAGCGCAUCCACACUGUCAACGUUCCUGAAAGAUCGGGCCAAGCUUGAAAGGGAAUACGGCAACAGCGGAGGUGCACCAUCACGGAAAAGAAUGCGGGCUGCUAACUUCGAAGACAUCGACAAGGCGGUGUACAAGUGGUUUCUGGAAGUGCGAUCCCAGGACAUACCAGUGUCUGGACCCAUGUUGUGCGCGAAGGCCAGAUAUUUUUCGUGCAUAUACGGCGUUGAUGACAAGUUCAAGGGCUCUGAAGGAUGGCUCCAGGCAUUCCGUGCUCGGCAUGACAUUGUGUUUAGAGGACUCGCCGGCGACGAAAAGUCCGCUCCUCAAGCCAUCGCUGUGGGAUGGAGAGAGCAAGAAAUUGUGAAACUACUCUCCGAGUACGACCCCGAGGACGUGUUCAACGCAGACGAGACUGCACUCUUCUUCAGACUGUUGCCCGAGCGCACGACGGCCGUAAAAGGUGAGAAGUGCAAAGGCGGGAAGAAGUCAAAGGAAAGGAUUACGGUCCUUUUGCAACAUGACGGGCUCCGCAAAGCUGAAGCCUGUGGUCAUCGGCAAGUCCCGCAACCCACGCGCUUUUAA